AUGAAGAAAUUCCUCAUCAUACUUGUUCUCCUUCUGGCCCUCUGUUGCUCGGCGGCUAUCAGUCAUUCUCCUGUCCUCAGCUCAUGUUCCAGUUCGAGAAACUACAGCUCUGGUGAUCAAUUUUCAACCAGCUUGAGCAAACUAAUGCGCCUUCUUCUCCAUGAAGCUCCAACUAUUGGCUUCGGUUUAAGGUCAAUUGGCCAUGGCGAAGGCCGGGUUUUCGGCCUCGCCAUGUGCAGGGGAGACAUACCUAGCUCUGCCUGCACAGCCUGCAUACACGAAGCUAAUGAUCAUAUCAUUCACCAUUGCCCCUCCAAGAAGGAAGCAAAGAUAUGGCUUGAUCAUUGUCUUGUUCGCUAUGCCGACCGCGAAUUCUUUGGAGAAAUCGAUGAUAGUCAAAAAAUUUAUGUUACAGACAACAGAACUGUGUCAGAGAAAUCGGUUUUGGACACCAAGGUUGAAGAACUAAUGAAGAAGUUGGUGAAGACGGCUUAUCUCACACCAUUGUUGUUUGCUACUGGAGAGAUGCAGCUUGGUGGAAUGGGAGAAUUGUUUGGAUUGGUGCAGUGUACAAAGGAUUUGUCAGGUGGGGAUUGUAAAAGAUGUUUGAAUGCGGCCAUUGCUAAGCUUCCAAGCUACUGUCAUGGUGUGAGAGGAGGAAUUCUGUUUGGUGGAAGUUGUAAUCUUAGAUAUGAGCUUUAUCCUUUCUAUGAUUCUAGCUAA